AGUACUACAACUCCCACAAAUCUUUGCUCGCUUCUACUCGUGUAUGGCAUUAUGGCGUCUUCUUGAAUCGUAGAUACGUCGCAAAUAUUUUGUUGACAAGUGAAUAAGAUGGCAGCUGAUUCCACAGACAAGAAGGAUGUGGAAUCCUCAGGGACCAAAGACAGGGAGAGGAAACGCAGCCGUUCACGAGAACGGGAUCGUAAAGUUUCACCUUCACGCAAACGCCAUCGGUCCCGUGAACGAAAUCGCUCCAAAUCUGCAGAAAGAGACCGGCGCUUAAAAGACAAGGACAGAGACAAGGAACGUGACAGAGAUAAAGAAAGAGAGAGGAGUCGUAAAGACAGAGAUGGUCAUCGACGCGAUCGCAGCAAGAAGUCCAGGAGUCCUUCACCAAAGUCAAAAGAUGCCAAGAUAAGGAGAGAGAAAGAAAUAAAAGCAGAAGAGGAGGAAGAUGAAAAAAAGAAGAAAGAGAAGGUCCAGCCACUGUCUUUGGAAGAGCUUCUGGCCAAGAAGAAGGCAGAAGAGGAAGCAGAGGCAAAGCCCAAGUUUCUGUCCAGAGCAGACCGGGAAGCCGAGGCUUUGAAACGCAGGGAACAACAGGUAGAGGAGAAGAAGAAGUUGUUGGAAGAUGAGAGAAAGAAGAGAAGGAUGUUUCAGGACAUGGGGAGAAAAAUGCUUGAGGACCCCCAGGAAAGGGAGAGACGAGAGCGGAGAGAGCGAAUGGAACGAGAGAAUAACGGUAAUGAAGAUGAUGAUGAGCGACAAAAGCUCAGAGAAGAGAAGGAUAAAGGCAAAGAACUCCAGGCCAUCAAGGAGCGCUACCUGGGUGGGCUCAAGAAACGUCGAAGGACUCGUCACCUGAAUGACAGAAAGUUUGUGUUUGAGUGGGAUGCAUCUGAAGACACAUCAGUCGAUUACAACCCAAUUUACAAAGAAAAGCAUCAGGUCCAGCUGUAUGGAAGAGGUUUUAUCGCUGGCAUUGACUUGAAGCAGCAGAAGAGAGAGCAGUCACGUUUCUAUGGUGACCUGAUGGAGAAAAGGCGCACGCUGGAAGAGAAGGAGCAGGAAGAGACAAGACUCAAAAAGAUGCGUAAGAAGGAGGCCAAGCAGCGCUGGGACGACAGGCACUGGUCUCAGAAGAAGCUGGACGAGAUGACGGACAGAGACUGGAGAAUCUUCAGAGAGGACUAUAGUAUCACCACCAAGGGAGGAAAGAUCCCGAACCCCAUCAGGAACUGGAAGGAGUACCUGCUGCCUGCACACAUCCUGGAGGUCAUCGACAAAUGUGGCUACAAGGAUCCCACACCUAUUCAGAGGCAGGCCAUUCCUAUUGGUUUACAAAACCGUGACAUCAUUGGCGUGGCUGAGACAGGUAGCGGUAAAACUGCUGCAUUCCUGAUUCCACUGCUGGUCUGGAUUACCACCCUGCCAAAAAUUGACAGGAUUGAAGACUCAGACCAGGGUCCUUAUGCUGUGAUCCUGGCCCCGACUCGUGAGUUGGCACAGCAGAUCGAGGAGGAGACCAUAAAGUUUGGUAAACCACUCGGCAUCCGUACAGUGGCUGUGAUUGGAGGAAUCUCAAGAGAGGACCAGGGCUUCCGUCUCAGGAUGGGCUGUGAGAUUGUGAUCGCCACUCCUGGCCGUCUGAUCGACGUGCUGGAGAACCGCUACUUGGUCCUGGGCCGCUGCACCUACUUAGUCCUCGAUGAAGCUGAUCGUAUGAUUGACAUGGGCUUUGAGCCCGACGUCCAAAAGAUUCUGGAGUACAUCCCAGUGACAAAUCAGAAACCAGACACUGACGAAGCAGAGGACCCUGAGAAAAUGAAAAUGAACUUUGAAUCUGGAAAGCAUAAAUACCGACAGACGGUCAUGUUCACGGCCACUAUGCCUCCAUCUGUGGAGAGACUGGCCAGGAGCUACUUGAGACGUCCUGCUGUUGUAUACAUCGGGUCUGCGGGCAAACCUCAUGAGAGAGUCGAACAGAAGGUCCUGCUUAUGUCAGAGGGAGAGAAAAGGAAGAAGCUGCUGGAGGUGCUGUCGCACGGCUUCGAGCCUCCCAUCAUCAUCUUUGUCAACCAGAAGAAGGGUUGCGAUGUGCUGGCCAAGUCGUUGGAGAAGAUGGGGUACAAUGCUUGCACGCUGCAUGGUGGCAAAGGCCAGGAGCAGAGAGAGUUUGCACUUUCCAACCUCAAGGCGGGAGCCAAAGAUAUCCUGGUGGCCACAGACGUUGCUGGUCGAGGUAUUGAUAUCCACGACGUCUCAAUGGUCGUUAACUACGACAUGGCUAAGAACAUUGAAGACUACAUCCAUCGUAUCGGCCGUACAGGUCGUGCUGGUAAGAGUGGUGUGGCCAUGACUUUCCUAACUAAAGAGGACUCGGCAGUGUUUUAUGACCUGAAGCAGGCCAUCCUCGAGAGCCCUGUGUCUAACUGCCCCCCAGAGCUGGCCAACCACCCAGAUGCUCAGCACAAACCUGGAACCAUCCUGACCAAGAAGAGACGCGAGGAGACCAUCUUUGCCUGAUUUUUUUCUGUCUCAGACUGUUUUAUCAUGGUUUAAAUGGACACAUUGUAUAGUUAUGGUGUGUUAAUGUCACCCACUUCUUCUGUUGUUUCUCACCUUAUAACUCAUUCUGGCAGUCAGUUUUUGUCUGUUAGUCCAGUCUGCAGGUAGAAACGGACACAUUAACUGGUGCAGAAAUCAUCACAGGUUGUAAGACUCAAUUGUGGGCAGUUGUGAUCCACGCUGAAGCUCAUAGUUGAUUUGCUUUUAUAAACAAGAGCCAUAAUCGGCGAGCAGGAUGCUGCAUUGUACAAAUACGAUUCUUCAGUUAUUAAAUGUGAUGAAUAACCACCAGGA